GAACUGCGCGUGAGUGGCACCCGUCAGAGGAAGAAUCCGGCUUGGGUCGCCGCGAAGACGACUGCGCAGACGUAGCUGGAGCCCACGAGGGACAGCCAGUGGCGGUCUGGGUUUUCUGGACUCUGCUUUUCUGGUAAAGGAGCCCAGAGGACUAAUCAGCUCUUGCAGGUCUAAAACCAUGGCCCAUGGAUCACUGACAUUCAGUGAUGUGGCCAUAGGCUUCUCUCAGCAGGAAUGGGAAUGUCUUGACCUCAUUCAGAAGACUUUGUACCGGGAUGUGAUGAUGGAGAACUAUGGUAACUUGGUCUCACUGGGCCAUUCCAUUUCUAAGCCAAAUGUAAUUACCUUACUGGAGCAAGGAAAAGAACCCUGGAUGGUUAUGAGAGAAGAAACAAGAAGUUGGUGUACAGAUUUGGACUCAAGAUAUGAAAUAAUCAGCAAUGGAAAAACAUACAUUUAUAGAAAACGUUCAUCUCUUACUCUACAUCACAGAAUUGAUAAUGGAGAGAAACCAUAUGAAUGUAAGGAAUGUGGGAAGGCCUUUAGUCGUCAUACAGACCUAAGAGUACAUCAAAUAAUUCAUACUGGUGAGAAACCAUAUGAAUGUAGGGAAUGUGGCAAGGCCUUUAGUCGUCUUACAGACUUUAAAGUACAUAAGAGAAUUCAUACUGGUGAGAAACCCUAUGAAUGUGAAGAAUGUGGGAAGGCCUUUAGUCGUGCCUCAAACCUUGCUCAACAUGGAAGAGUUCAUACUGGUGAGAAAUACUAUGGAUGUAAGGAAUGUGGGAAGGCCUUUAGUGACGUUGGAACACUUAGAAUACAUCAGAGAAUUCAUACUGGUGAGAAACCCUAUGAAUGUAAGGAAUGUGGGAAGGCCUUUAGUCAAGCCUCAAACCUUAUACAACAUGACAGGAUUCAUACUGGUGAAAAACCCUAUGAAUGUAAAGAUUGUGGGAAGGCUUUUAGUCAUGCUUCACAUCUUGUUAGACAUGAGAGAAUUCAUACUGGUGAGAAACCCUAUGAAUGUAAGGAGUGUGGAAAGACUUUUAGGAGUAGCCAUCAACUUACUAUACACCACAGAUUUCAUACUGGUGAGAAACCCUAUGAAUGUAAGGCAUGUGGGAAGGCAUUUAGUGUGUAUGGACGCCUUACUCGACAUCAGAGUAUUCACAGUGGUGAGAAACCUUUUGAGUGUAACAAAUGCGGGAAGUCCUUUAGGCUCAGUUCAAGCCUUAAAGUACAUCAGAGUAUUCACACUGGUGAAAAACCCUUUGAAUGCCACAAAUGCGGGAAGUCCUUUAGACUUAAUUCAUCUCUUACUCUACAUCAGAGAAUUCAUACUGGUGAGAAACCUUAUGAAUGUAAGCAGUGUGGAAAGGCCUUUAAUCAUGCAUCCAACUUUCUGUGACAUCAGAGAAUUCAUACUGGUGGAAAACCCUGUAAAUGUGAGGAAUGUGGAAUGACUUUUAGUCAUAGGAUAGAACAGAGUUAUCAGAGAAUUCAUACUGGGGAGAAACCCUAUGAAUGUGAAGAAUGUGGGAAGGCCUUUAGUUGUGCCGUACAUCUUACUCAACAUGGCAGAGUUCAUACUGGUGAGAAACCCUAUGAAUGUAAGGAAUGUGGGAAGGCCUUUAGUCAAGCCUCUCAUGUUGUGCAACAUGGUAGAGUUCAAGGUGAAAAACCUUAUGAAUGCUGUGAAUGUGGGAUGAUCUUUAGUCGUGGUAUAGAUCUUAGAGUAUAUCAUAGAAUGCAUACUGGCAAGAAACCCUUGUAACAAACAAGGGUUUGUUACAAGGGUUUCAAAUGUAAGGAAUGUGGGAAGGCCUUUAGUCAUGCCUCAAAUCUUGUUCAACAUGAGAGAAUUCAUUCUGGGGAGAAGCCCUAUAAAUGUAAGGAAUGUGGGAUGACAUUUAGUUCUGGCUAUCAACUCAUUCCACAUCAGCAAAUACAUAUUGUCGUGAAACCCUAUGAAUGUAAUGAAUGUGGGAAGGCCUUUAGUCAUGCUUCAGCACUUAUUCAACAUGAGAGAAUUCAUACUGGUGAGAAACCCUAUAAGUGUAAAGAAUGUGGGAAGGCCUUUAUUCAUGGUGGAAGCCUAAGAAUGCAUCAGAGAAUUCAUGCUGGUGAGAAAACUUAUGAAUGUAAAAACUGUGGGAAGGCCUUUAGUCGCACCUCAAACCUUGACAGGCAUGAGAGAAUUCGUACUGGUGAGAAACCAUGUGAGUGUAAAGAAUGUUGGAAGGCCUUUAGUCAUGUUGAAAGCCUUAAAAUACAUCAUAGAAUUCACACUGGUGAGAAACCCUAUGAAUGUAAGGCAUGUGGGAAGGCCUUUAGUGUGUAUGGAUAACUUACUGGACAUCAGAGUAUUCACAGUGGUGAGAUACCUUCUGAAUGUAACAAAUGCAGUAAGUCUUUUAGGCUUAGUUCAGGCCUUAAAGUACAUCAAAAAAUUCAUACUGGAAAGAAAACUUAUGAAUUUAAGGACUGUAGAAAAGCAUAUAUAUGCAAACAUGGGAAAGCUUUUAGAUAUGGUUCAAUUCUUAUAAGGUAUUAAAUAAUUUAUACUGGUGAGAACCCCUCAGAAUGUAAAUAA